AUGGGGGAUCCGAUGCACAUCGAUUUCGCAAGGGUAAACGACAUCUUGGGCUUACCUUCCUCGAACACAUUCACAACCUUCGAUUCACUUCCAGCCGAGUUCAACCAUGAGACCUUUUGGAAAAAAAAAAUUACUGGUGGUAUCUUUUCUUGUUUCAUUCGUGAUACGGCAAACUCCAUCAUUCACCUGUGCCUCCUUAUUGCCCAUCGUAUCUUUGUGUGCACCGUCUUUGCCCGUAAAGAAGUCGGCCAAGUCACGAACAUUGAGGUAUUCUUCCUUUGGUGCAUGACAAGAUGUGAAAACCCUCUGACCCCAAAUUUUGCCUUGUUCUUUUUUUACAAAUGUGCACUCAUGAAAACUAAAGCAUCCGGUGAUAUUUGCAUUGGAGGAUUUUUCACCCUCUUAGCCCGUGGUCUUGACAUCGACCUCCCAGACGACCACACACCCAUAGACAACAAAAUUCUUUUGGAUGAGUGUGUUUUAACAAACAUGCAUCACAUCCGUCAUAGGAAUGGAGUCGGUUUCACAUGGUUUUUUCUUCAAGGGGUCGAAUAUCUUAUUCUUCCCGACCCUCGAGUCUCCCACUUUACUUUCCACGAUCACAUUCAGAGGAGACUCGAGAGAUCCAUCACCUAG